AUGAUUUAUGCAGCCGUAACCAUGAGUCAAUUGCUUUGCCUGCCGGUUUUCUUGGGCGUUGUUUAUAUCCAAGACUUAACCUGGGACUUCUCUGCUGAAGUGCUGAUAAUUGUCAUUGUUUGCCUUGCGGUGGGGUUCUUUGCUUCAUUUCGAACCUCUAUCCCCCUCUGGACAUGUUUGGUGGCCUAUGCACUUUACCCAUUCUCCCCAUUACUGGUCUAUGUUCUCGAUUAUGUGAUUUGA